AUGCUCUCCGCGCUUCGAACCAUUCGAUCUCCGACGAGACGCGCCACAACGCAACUGCGCACCGCUGCGACACAGGCUCAGAAGCGCGCAGGCGAUAUAUCCGACGCUUUCGCGUCGCUCUCGGGACAGGAGUUUAGGCCUCUGACGUCCGAAUAUGCCGACCUCAAAAGCCGUCUGAUCCGGGGACAUGAAGGCGAAGUACGGGAAUCUUGGGAACGCCUCCUUCGGACACUUCGCGACGAGAUUCCGCUCAUUGUCGAGCAAGGUAGCAAAGUCAUUCCAGAGAUUGACUUCAAGGACAUCGAUAAUGCACCGGAGUCCUUUAACAGCGAGCUGCGCAAGAGAGGUGUUGCAGUUGUAAGGAAUGUAAUACCCGAGCAGGAAGCGCUGCAGUGGAAGGAAGACUUGAAAGAGUAUAUUCGCCAGAAUCCUCAGACAAAGGCUUUCCCCGCCGAUAACCCUCAAGUCUUUGAAUUAUAUUGGUCGCGUACCCAACUCCUCGCUCGCGGUAAUCCAAACCUCCUCAAGACGCAGGCCUUCCUCAUGUCAUACUGGCACAGCCUCAACCCACACAUCCCACUCUCCACAAAACACCCGAUAAGCUACGCAGAUCGCUUGCGCAUGCGCCUACCCGGCGACGCCAAAUUUGCACUGGGACCACACGUCGAUGGCGGCAGUGUAGAACGCUGGUCUGAGGAAGGCUACGGGCUCGGGAAAGUCUACGACUCGGUCUGGAAAGGACGCUGGGAAGACUUUGACCCCUGGGAAGCCAGCUGUCGUCUUUCUGUCAACUCAGACCUCCACCAAGGCGUAGGAGCAUGCAGCGCAUUCCGCAUGUUCCAAGGCUGGCUGUCGCUCUCCACAACUGGACCCUUUGAAGGUACACUGCUGGUCAACCCGUUGUUGGCCAAAGCCACCGCAUACUACCUCCUCCGACCCUUCUUCUCUCCCAAACGAGGCGUAGACCCCGGUGCGCAAACGACUUCUGAGGCCCUCACCAACUCAGCGGACUUCCUCGCUUCGGAUAACUGGGAAAUGGAUACAACACAGAACGCAUGGGUACAUGGCGCGACGCCAGGUCGUGGUCAGGAGCUAUCCCACCUCCUGCAUCCGCAUCUCAACCUGCAGAAGUCGAUGAUCCAUAUGCCGACAGUCAGACCUGGCGACUACGUCUCCUGGCAUUGCGACACCAUUCACAGUGUAGACAAGACGCAUGCAGGCAAGUCCGACUCGAGCGUUUUGUACAUUCCAGCUUGCCCGAUGACGGAGGAUAACGCCAACUACCUUGUCCGGCAGCGCCAGAACUUCGUCGAUGGAACCCCGAGCCCGGACUUUGGCGGCGGUAUCGGUGAGAGCGAGCAUGUUGGGCGUAUCAAGGCUGAGGAUAUGCAUGCUUUGGUUGGUGAUGAGGGCUGUCAGGCCAUGGGGUUGCAAGAGUGGGAUAGCGAUGCUGCGGGCUUGGGCCCUGGUGAGAGAGUCAUUCUGGAUCGGGCGAACAAGAUUCUAGGAUUUUACGAUUAG